GAUAUAUGGUUGCAAGUUUGUACGUGGAUGAGGACGAACCAUCAGGAGGUGUUGGUCUGCACGAGGUCCCUACUGUUGUUUGUGAUCUUGCAUGUCUGAAAGUUUUCUGUGUGGAGGGUAACACUCAAUGCCAUUGCUGUUUGAUGAGCUAAUGUCAUGUCAACCGCCCAGUACUCUUGUGGUAGUGGAAAUGUUGAGAUGUGGUUUGAUACAAGCGACUUUGCGACCUGCAACAUUGUGAAACUGUGGAGAUUGGAUUUAUCAUUCAACGAUCUGCAGUCUUUCGAAGAUAACAACACAGGGACGAUAGGAGAGUUAACAGUCUUGAAUGAUGUAGAAAAGCUGAAUUUGUCAUACAACAGAAAUCUCCACACAUUUACGUUAGCAGAUCUCACCAAGUUGAAAGUGUUGGGUUUGAGUUUCUGUAACAUACGGCAGCAACAAGUACAAAUGAGUGGCCUCCAUCAUCUAGAGACACUGUAUUUGUCAUACAACAAACUAGGAGUAUUUCCUACAUUUGCAUGUUUUCAGCGGAUGAAUUUACAAACAUUGAAGUUACGAUACUGUGAUUUAGAAGAGAUACAGUCAGAGUUGAUGUUAUUUAACAUUUUCUAUGAGCUGGAUCUUAUAGAUAACAAUAGAUUAUUGUGUCUUUCUAACAACAUAUGGAAUGGACUGAACUUGGAGACAUUGAAUCUAUUGGAUUGUGGUAUAUCAAGUGUACCCAAUACAGAAGUCAAAAUUAAGAUAAUUGACCUACGGCAUACUUCUGUCACUCAUCUUCCUAAGAAAUUUGUCUUUAGUCCUAAACUUGAGUACUUGGAUGUAUAUAGAUGUCCACUAGUGUCUCCACCCAUUGAAGUGUGUGAACGAGGCAUGAGGUUUAUAAGAGAAUAUUUGGAUGAGCUGGAAAGGGAGGGUGGAGUACGACGUGGCAGAAUAAAGAUUCUAGUGAUGGGAAUUACAGAGGCAGGAAGAACAAGCCUCGUUGAAGCACUGGAGAGUGGUAACCCAUUUCUGGCAGAACCCAAUGAGAGAACUAUAGGUGUGGAAGAAAAGGUGAUGAAGCUGGAUGAUAAAAUAGAAUGCAAAGUCAUCGACUGUGGUGUUUUGUACGAGAGAAACAGCAGAGCUCGCGUUGCUAUUGUGGUCAGUAAAGUUGAUCUGAUGGUCGACAUGUCAAGACAAGAAAUGAUUAGAAAGUGGAAUGAACAUCUACACACUCAUCUACGUCAAUUCCUGGACAUGAGACGAGUUCAGAUCAAGAGAAUGGCAGCGAACAUUGCAGUCAGUGAUUUUUGUGAAAGCAAAUUCGUGUCAAAACGUCUUCAAUUCUUUGAAUCCCAACGAAUAACUGUUGAAGAAAAGGCAAUAGUAACAAGUGCAGCAACACACGAAGGAGUGGUCAGUCUAAAUGAUCGUUUAAGAGAAUUGUGUGUAGAUGAACGUUUACUGCCUUUACUGCGCACAGAGUUGCUAUCAUCAUGUGUGACUGUAGAAGACAAGUUGGUUAUACUACAACCUCACACAUCUGUCCUCAUUACAGAUGUCUCUUAUGCAACGCAAGUGUGUGUAGAGCACGGCCUGCAGCUGACAGAAGAAAGGUGUUUUGAGUUACUAAUCUACCUGAACCAGGUUGGAAGCAUUCUGUAUUACUCGUACCAAAAGACUUUAUCACAAGUUCUCUUUCCUCUUCUACCAUUUGUAGUCAAUGUAUUGAAGGCUGCAUGUUUUCAGACACAAUCAUCAUCUUUUGGAGUAUGA